CCGUCCAGGUGGUUUUUCUCGUUCGAACAAAUUGUGACACGCUCAAAGAUAAGGAAAAUUUCUGUUAGAAAAUUGUUUUAGUCUGAUUUUAUUAAUCUUGAAAAAUUAAAACUAAUAUUCAGUAAUAUUUAGCAAAGAUUCCCAAAUAUAGAGAAGCAAGAAAAGCACCCCUUGUUAAAUAGAACACACGCAGUAAAGCUUCCUUCGCAUUUACCACACCAUGGACUAUGCAUUCAAUAUUGUUGAGGGAGACCCAAUAAAAGUCAGGAUUUAUUUACGCAUUUUAGGAGUGAGGGGGUGAAUGUUAUUCACUCACAAAAAAAAGGAAUAUAUGUUGUAUGUUUAUGUAUACUUGAGUGUUUUGGACACAUUUGUGCAAGCAUCUGUCGCACAAGGUGCAAAAUAUGCUCACUCAGAUAAACAGAAAGAAAAUACAAUUUUUAUUAAAAAUAUAUAAUAGCUAUAUAAAAAAUAUAGAUAUAGAAAAAAAGAAUGUGUGAUAUCUAUAAUAUGGGUGUGAAGCCAAAUAUGUAUUGUACAUAUAAGUGGGGGGUGUAGAGGGUAAGUAUGGGUUACCCAUUAAAUCCAAUGGUUUUAAUGGUAAAUCAAUUUCCUUGAAAUCCAAAUAAAAUUCACUGCUAAAUUGCAAUUUUCUAUAUGUGUUCAAAACCACUAAUUUAAGCCGUUGUGGGCUUCCAUUUCCAUCAUUGUGAUGCAUUAACAGUCGCGUCAAAUAAGUCAGUAACACGCUAAAUUGGGGCGGUAUUUUCUGCGAUUUAUCAAUCGAAACAUCGCAACUAAUUCAUCCCUUUUGCAAACAUACAAAAUCAAUCGUUUAUUUCUAGACACAAUUUACAAAAAUGUUUACGGGGUGUUUGGGAAAUGGGAAUGUAUGAAAAUAGUUUAAAAAUCUUAUCACACGCUUAAGUUUUUAUAAACGAUAAGAUUCAACGGAGGUGAUAGGAUUUUGAUAUUUUAGUUCUGAAAAAAAGAAUUAUAUUUUUACCAUUUUUACACAUUAAAUUAUUAUUAUUAAUUCUUUAGGCUAAAAAUUAUUUCUAAAGAAAAAAACUAAAAUGCCAUUUCCUCAUCGACACUAUCACUUUAUUUAUGAGUUAGAUAAAAAGAGGAAAUAUAACAACUCGCCAAAUAAUACUGUCUUCAUCUCAUGUCCGAUUUUAAUGAUUUCCAUAGUAUAUAUUACAUUGCUCUAUGUAUGUUAUCAUGUAUAUGUACAUAUUUCAGGACUCAUGCCGUUUAUUCUUCGCACAUAGAGAGAAAUAUUCGUUGUAUAUAUUUUCGCGGAGGCGGAGUGUAAGUUCCUGGGGUGCAUCCAUUUGUGGAGCUGCACCUGCACAGACUCUUUAGAAAAUACCAUACACCAGAGGGAUCCCCUUUUCGUAGUCGGUUGUAGUAUAAGAGCGAGCUAUGCUGCAUGUGAAAAACCACCUCAUUGGGUUGGUUGGUUGUAUUUUAAUUGCGAAGAGUCAUGGGGAAAGCGGGGUUGCAGGGAUACAAGGGAAAAUGGGGGUGGGGUGAGGAGGACGGGGUGCUCCAUCGCAGAGAAAUAGUGGAAGAGAGAAAGUCGUCUAGUUGGGCUGUUAGUGGACCCCUACCUUCCCGCCACACUGCCUGGUGAAGAAGCGGAUAAAACGACAUGGAGCAAGCGAGAGGGUUUGCUUGGGGUUGGUCUUUGUGCAUCUCAGCCACGCCAAAGUGCAUUUUCUCAGACACAGCUGGUGUUGCGAAGCGCAGGAUCAUUGGGAAUUGUAUGCAAGUUUGCCGCCCCGUAAAAACCCAACCCCGGGUUUUGUUCUACAUCUAUCUAUAUAAUAAUGUUGUAGCAAAAGACACACGCUUGCGGGAGAAAACAAGAUGCCAACUUUUCGGCAAGCGCAACUGCAAAAUGUAUUUUCCAAACCAACCGUCCCAUUCCGAUUCUCCUCUCUCAACCCUCAUAUAUACUAUAUAUACAUACACAUACAUUUCUUUGGGAUUGGGGGAGGGUGCUUGGGGGUAUUGGGGCAGAAAUCGUUGUGUAUUUUGAUAUGGUUUGAGGGUGAUGAUGCUAUUACUUGUAAAUGUUUAGUGUGUUGUGUUCUCAAAUAUUGUGUGUGUGCAUUGUGUUGCUUGUGCCUCCCUUUUAAAACACAGUACUUAUUUGACUUCAACCAUGUUAAGAAGCAACAUCGACACACCAUUUUAUUAUUUGUUAAUAAAAUUCACAAUAAUAACAAUUACAAUACAUAAAAAAAAGUCAAAUAAAUAAGUGAUAAAGAUUUCUUCUACUUUUAACAUUAAGUGUGUGAAAAUAUAUCUUCAAUGUAGCAAAAAAGCUCACAUUUUAAUAAAAAGAAGGAAGACAUAAGAAAAGUAAAAUAGAAAGGAUUAUUCCAAUCGUGUAAAUAAAAAAUUCAAAGUGUUGUAAAAAAAUGUUUUUAAGAAGUUAUAAUUUUUAAAUGGCCAUUGCUUCGGCACCAACAACCAUACAGAAUGCCGCCAUUGAGCGAGUUCUCAAGGAGCGUCAAAUGGAGAUAGAUGAAUCCUGGCACAGAUUGGAGGUUGUUGACAGUAGAACCAUAGACUUUGAACUCAACAUUAACGCUCCCGCGGGCUAUCUCCACGUGCCCCAGACUCCAUCAACGACCCCAAAUGACGACUGUAUUGAUCACAUUGGUGCUACUACCCUCAAUACAUCUAGAUCAAUUGACGCAAAGUCACCUGACGAACCCAAAGAGGGAACAGCAAACGGGGAAGAUUCGAGUCAUCCAGAAACUACAGCAGAAGAGAAUAAAUUUUAUAUGGAUCCCACACGAUCAUCUGAUGCCCAUGAAUCCCCAGUUGCUGCGGCUGAUGAAGAAUCAACAGCUCAACGAACGGAUACAGCAGCACGGAAAUCACCACGCCUCAAUCCACAGCACUUAUUUGCCCAAACGAGACUUCAGCAGCAGCAGCAACAGCAGCAAUUUCAAAUGCAACAACUUCUUCAGCAACAUGUAUUUACACCUACGCAACUUCAGCAGCUCAUGAAGCAUCACAACUUUUAUCUGCAGCAUCAACCGAGGCCGACACAAUUUGAUCUACAGCGGAAGCAAUUGGAGGCAAAUAUGCAGCAACUACAGGAGCAACUGCAAAUGAAUCUGCUUCAACAGACACAUUUUAUGGAUAAGACUGGGCGGAAAGGUAAAGCAUCUGGGGUAUAUACAACAUCGUCAGAGACAUCAACAACUACAACUACAACAACAAUUCAGCAGCAAUUAAUCCUACAGCAACAGGAACUUAUUCAACAACUGCAAAUUAUCCAGAGACAAUAUUUGGUCCAUCAAGGAAUGAGCUUACAACCGUUUUUGCUUCCACAACAAGGUAUCGUGAGAGAUUCUACGAGUCCAUGGAAAGACCCACCAUUAGAAUCAAACUCACGUAGUUUGUAUGCAAAAAUGUUCAAUGGAGCUGAUGAGGAAACACCUGAAAUUAAUCAAUCAAGUGUGCCUGAAAAUACAGAAGAACCACAAGGUGCCCAAGAGGCAGCGUCUGGUGAUAAAUUUGCCAAUAUUUUGAAUUCAAUCUACAUUAAUCGACGCGAUGAAAUAACAAAUGCUCUGAUUGGAUCAUCGGGUAUGGGUAACUUUCUAGAUGACAGAACACGAGAUCUGACGGAAGAAAAGAACUCUGGUCAUCCGCUAUUUGGGCAUGGGAUGUGCAAAUGGCCAGGCUGUGAGGUAAUCUUCGACGAUCUGCUGACCUUUACUAAGCAUCUCAAUUCAGAACACUGUCUCGAUGAUCGAUCAACAGCUCAGGUUCGUGUUCAAAUGCAAGUGGUAUCACAACUUGAGAUUCACUUGCAAAAGGAGAGAGACAGACUGCAGGCAAUGAUGCACCACUUGCACAUAUCGAAGCAAUUGGGAACGAUAUCUGAGCAACCGACCAAAUCAUUCGGUCAUUGUUCACCCACAAUCCCAAAUGCCAUUUCUGCCAUGCCAAUUCGUUCACCAAAUACCCACCAUACAUCAACGAGUACUAUAGGACCUAUACGAAGGCGGAUAACGGACAAAUCAACGUUAUCAUUAGCGGGAGGACUUCCCUAUAUGUUGGAACGUGCAGGAUUGGAUGUACAGCAAGAGAUACAACGAAAUCGAGAAUUCUACAAGAAUGCCGAUGUGAGGCCGCCAUUUACUUAUGCAUCCCUUAUACGACAGUCUAUUAUAGAGUCUCCGGAUAAGCAGCUAACCCUCAAUGAAAUCUACAAUUGGUUCCAGAAUACCUUCUGCUACUUCCGAAGGAAUGCUGCUACAUGGAAGAAUGCAAUACGAACGAAUUUAUCGCUGCACAAAUGUUUCGUGAGGUAUGAAGAUGAUUUCGGCAGUUUUUGGAUGGUGGACGACAAUGAGUUUGUCAAGAGGCGUCAUUUGUCGCGCGGACGCCCGCGAAAAUAUGAUCCAUCGCCAUCACCCCAGAGUCCACCUGGGGCACAAAGCCAAGGUGGCACCCCCGGUGGAGCCGGAGCUAACACCCCAAGUGCACCAGCCACCGAUUCAUCCAAUCCGGCAACUUCGACGGUCACCACUUCAUCAAACUUCUUUCCUAGCAAUUUGACGCCACACACUCUUCAGUCUACGGCAACAGUUCAUAGCCCAUCAAUGUAUACCGCUGAUUCAAUAGGAGCCAACUUACAGAAUCUGUGGUCGUGCGCCCCUGGUUUCCUCGAUGAUGCCUCGAGUUCCAGUUUCUUAGGCAAACAAUCACGUUGCCAAUCUGUCAGUCCCCCAUCUAUAUCGUCACAGCUACAUAGUGGCAGUAUGUACACAAAACGAACAUUAAUAAAUGGCGGCAAAUGCGAUCCUUUUCACGUAAAUUACCUGAAAACUGAACCGCCACAGAGACCACCGGAGGACACGCAGGAUCAUGAAGAAGUUAAUGAGGCUGAGGAUGAUGACGAGCCCAAUUCUCCGGUUGAUGAGGAUACACCAAGUAUGGCUGAGGACUUAACGGUCACGAAUGAGCCAUUGGAUACCAUACCGGAAAUGCACUAAAUUCCCGCGAAAAAGCUCACGAGCAACAUAUCUCUCGACUCCCUCCUCCUCCUCCACAAAUGAAAGCUCUCCCCCCAAACUAUGUCUAAAUGUGAUAUUUUCUUUCUCUGCUGGACCUCUCGUUCUCUCUGCACAAUUAUAAUCUCUGUGUGUGUGUGUACAUAGCAAUACGGAGCCUAACUUUUUUUUUUAAAGAAAGGUCAUUUUUUUUUUUUUAAUAAAUUAAUUUCCUUUUUUUAAAUUAUUAUUAUAUCUUGUUUUAUUUUUAAAGUGCCAAAUAUGUAGUAUAUAGUGGGUAUUCUUACGAUCAUUUCAUUUCAAUGUUAAUGAAUGAUUCUAAAAAAAAAAUUGCAGACUUACAGCACAGAGAUUUGAAGAAUAAAAUGUAAAAUUUAUUUGCCCCUCAAUCUUUUACAUAAACCUAAUUAAAUUUUUUCAGAAAAUAUUUGUAAUUUGAUAUCCCUGUGUUAAAGGUCCGCAUACGGUUAGUUUUGGUAUGUACCAAAAUUCAAGUCAUAGUCAUAAGUGGGUAAUGCAAUUUAUUUAAUAUAUACAUACAUAUAAUUAAUUAAAGUAAUAGAGAAAAUAUGUUUGGGUCUCAAAUUCUAUGGAGGAGCAAAGGAUUUAGGAAUAAAUAAAAAAAGUAGAAUGAAAAAAAAAAAACUAAUGAAGAAUUUCAUAUCAAAUAACAAGAUUAUAUAUAAAAGUAUAAAUAUAUAUUUAUAAGUGUAAGUUUUCAAAAAAAUCUUAAUACGAAAAAUGUUUAAUUGAAUACAUUGAAUUUACAAAAAAAAAUCUUCUCUUGAGUAUAUAAAUUUAAAAAGAAAAUAUUACUUACAAAAAAAUAAAAUAAAAUUCUUUACGUAGAUCUGAUAAAGAACGUUUUUUUUGGAUAUAUAAGUUUCCUUUGAAAGGACUUGAAAAAUAUAUUAAGGACAGAAAAUAAUAUUUGAGAGAGCUUUGUAAAUACAAUCAAUUUUCAACCCUCUAGCUAGAUUAUAUCUAGAUUUUAAUUAUUAUACAUACUGAAACAGUGGAGUCAAUGUUUAUUAAAAAAAAAGAUGUCCCAUCCCCAGCAUAAUAGUAACCGAGUUAUCACAUUGAUGAAUAAAAAAAAAACUAAAAAUGCUUGCACACACAACAUAACAUACUCAUUUUUUGGCAUUGCAUUCGCAAUAUAUUGUAUUACCAAUACGAUGAUAAGAAUAAGGAUAAAAAAAAACAUAACAUUUAUAAAAAUGAAAAAAAAAUAGUAAUAAUAAAUCAAAUCAUUGACGAA